CUCUAUUUAUACUAUUAUGACCAUCAGCUACUACGUACGCCAAGUAACACUGGAAGAUAUUAAAUUUGCCCAAGAGGGUACCGAUGUGUAUAACUCUGCAUACACUACUCACGAUGGCUGGACCACUGAAGCUAGUAUUGUUCAAGGAAAACUGACAGAUAAAAGCGACACCGAACAAUUCAUUUAUGAUAGUGUCAAGACUGAUAAGCUCACCCAACUAUUUGCUUUCGAAAAAGACGAUCAGGGUAACGACGCCCAUGUGGUGGGUACACUUAUGAUUGUGCCUUUUCCUGAUUUACAGGAACUGCCUACACCUGGUGAAGCCAUGAUUACGAGAUUUGCUGUCAGCCCUGAUCAUCAGUCUAAAGGAUUGGGCCGUCUUUUGAUUGAAGGCUCAUUUAAAGUAAUGAGGGAACAAGGAUAUGAACGCUGUUCGAUCCGAGUCUUUGAGAACAGACCUGAAAUUUUGGCUUGGUACACAAAGGUUGGGUUUAAGGACACCAAUGAGCGUCGCGCAUUUAAAGCACCUGAAGGCAAAAAAUUAGUUCUGCCUGUUGGUUUUGUCAUUAUGAAGUUGGAUCUUUAAAGUCUACCUCGUAUUCUUUUGAAAAAAAAAACACAAAUAAAUAUUAGAAUAAAGUAAUACCGAUUGAACCUGUACAGAGGAA